UGUAACCUAUGGACGCAAUGUGUAUGGUGAAAUUUUCUCUCCUACAACGAGAAUCUUCCCGCCGUCGCUUCGAGAGAGAUCGCCGGGAGAAAUUACGCCGUUCCUUAGAUCCGAUCACUGGCUCUUACUAUAGACGUUGCUUAUGCCUUUUCAAGACGCUUAUUGUUUCGAAUUUUCUCUCUCGAUUUAGCGGUGUUUUUUUAUUCUUCUUCUAUGUCGCUGGCUCAGCUUGAUUUUUCUGCAGAAAUGGCGGUCGUGGGCUUAUAGUUAUUCGUUUUUAUACGUUGCUAGUCAGUGAGGGCUCUCUGAUUUUUUAGAGGUUUGUUGGGGGUUUUCAGAUUGUAGAUAUGGCUAUCAGGGUUACCGUCUCCUUCUCGGGUUACGUCGCUCAAAAUCUUGCAUCCUCUGCCGGAAUUCGUGUCGGUAAUUGUCGCGCUGUUCAUGAAUGCUGGAUUCGAUCUCGAAUUUUUGGCUCAAAUCAGAAGCCGGAAUUUGAUCCUGCUGGUUCGGUGCGCAAUUAUCAUUCCGACGUUCUUCCGUCUAAUUCGAGAUGUUGGGUGAAGAAUUCGGCAUCUGCGCUUGGCACUAUCGCCGGAGAAAUUGUUGAUGAAAGCUGUAGAAACCCAAUUGUUCUAGGUUUGAUUUCGCUUAUGAAAUCUGCUGUAGGUACUUCCGUUUCCUCGCCAAUGGCCAUGGGCGUAUUUGGUGUUUCUUCCUUUGAAGCAUCUUCGAUUAUCCCAUUUUUACAGGGGUCGAAGACGGUUACCGGUAAUGAAUCGAUUUCGGGCUCAGCGGGCGAUGAAAUUGAAAGUUAUGGAGUUUUUGACUGUGUAAUGGACGAGGGCAUGAGCCAGCCGCCCAAUCCUUCGCAGUUAGAGAAGAGUAGCUGGAUAUCACGGUUCUUGAAUAACUGUUCUGAGGAUGCCAAGGCCAUUGCUACAGCUUUGACUGUUAGUGUGCUUUUUCGCUCCUCCUUGGCUGAGCCAAGAUCCAUACCUUCUUCAUCAAUGUAUCCAACCCUUGAUGUGGGCGAUCGCAUCUUGGCUGAAAAGGUGUCAUAUUUUUUCAGAAAGCCGAGUGUUUCUGAUAUUGUCAUUUUCAAGGCACCUCCAAUCUUGCAGAAAAUUGGUUACAAGUCAAAUGACGUCUUCAUCAAGAGAAUUGUGGCGAAGGCUGGUGAUUGUGUUGAGGUACGAGAUGGAAAACUCUUGGUGAAUGGUGUUGCUCAAAACGAGAAGUUCAUCUUAGAGCCCCUUUCUUAUAACAUGGAUCCAGUGCUUGUACCCGAAGGGUAUGUUUUUGUACUGGGGGACAAUCGCAACAACAGUUUUGAUUCUCAUAACUGGGGUCCACUUCCUGUUGAAAACAUCGUCGGUAGAUCAGUGUUCCGAUACUGGCCACCGUCAAAAGUUUCUGAUAUCAUGAGUGAUCAAAAUGCAAAGAAAGAUGUGGUAGUUUCUUGAUGUUUCACCAUCUAAUUUUUUUGCAGAGAUAGAAUCCGUUCCAUUUUGAUAUUGAUUCUCAAAUUACACAUUCAAUUUCUUUUUUGGCCAUUAGAUGGGAAUUAGAUUCAUAUGUAAAGUCUCUGUGGUUGAUUAAGCGCCACCGUUGUAUUUUGAUUUCAUUUGAUGACAAAACAAACCAUUCACAUUUUAGCCUGGGAAAAAGAUUCAUAUAAAGAUGAGAGCAUUUGUUCA